CUUUUCUGAGUGUUACGGUGCCCUCCUCCCGCCCCCAAGUCGCGCGGGCGGGGACCCACCAGUUCUGCUCCGCAUUAGCUUCGGCGAAGGGAGGACCCCCGGGAGCUAGUCCCGGGCGUCCAGUCGCCCAGCCCUUUACAGGCUUGGGCCCGCAUGGAGGGGACCGUGGAGUCCCAGACGCCUGAUCUGCGGGAUGUAGAGGGUAAGGUGGGCAGGAAGACCCCUGAAGGGCUGCUCCGUGGGCUGCGAGGCGAGUGUGAGCUGGGAACCUCUGGCGCCCUGCUGCUCCCAGGGGCGCCUAGCACCGGCCACGGCUUGGGGGACAAGAUCACGGCGCUGAAGAUGGAGCUGGCUUACCUGCGAGCCAUCGAUGUGAAGAUCCUGCAGCAGCUGGUGACCUUGAAUGAGGGCAUCGAGGCGGUGCGCUGGCUGUUGGAGGAGCGGGGGACGUUGACCAGUCAUUGCAGCAGCCUCACCAGCAGUCAAUAUAGCUUGACAGGCGGGAGCCCAGGCCGCUCAAGGAGAGGCAGCUGGGACAGCCUGCCAGACACCAGCACCACCGACCGGCUAGACAGUGUCUCUAUUGGCAGCUUCCUGGACACAGUGGCCCCCGGCGAGCUGGAUGAACAGGGCCCACCUGGGGCUCCACGUCCUGAGAUGGACUGGGCAAAGAUUAUAGCUGGUGGAGAGAGGGCCAGGACUGAGGUGGAUGUGACAGCCAUGAGGCUAGGGAGCUUGAGGGCUAUGUGGAAGCCCCCAGGGGAGAGGCUUCAAGGUGGACCGCCUGAGUCACCAGAGGAUGAGAGUGCUAACCUGGGCUUCGAGGCCCACUGGUUCUGGGAGCAGUGCCAGGAUGAUGUGACCUUCUUGUAACAACUUUUCCACCCUUUUGUAAUCCUCUUUUAUCUGUUAGUUGUGGUCUCCCUCAAAAUUGAUUCUUCCUUAGUCUGAGACCAGGAAGAGGCUGCACGGAAAUCA